AUGACUGUGAAAUUCCCGAAUGCAAGUAAAACUGCUGGGAAGACUGCUGCAAAGACGGACGCCAAGGAAGAGAAGGAUGUGGUGAAGGUGCCAGAAGGGAAGGGUGUGAAGAAGACGGAGGAGGAGAAGAGCGAGAAGAAGGUUACAGAUGGAAAGGGCGGAGAGGAGGUUAAGAAAGAUGAAGGUGAGAAGAAGGCGAAAGAAGAGCAGGGUGUAAAGAAGGAGAAAGAAGAGAAGAGCGAGGAAAAGGUGACAGAAGAAAAGCGUGACAAGAAGGUUAGGAAGGAGGAGGGUGAGAAGAAGGUUGCAGAAAAAAAGGAAGUAAAGAAGCAGAAGGAAGAGAAGAGUGAGAAGAAGGUUGCAGAAAAGAGGGCUGAAAAGGCUAAGGUAAAGAAGGAUGUUAAGAAGGGUAAAGCAGAGAAGGGCGAGAAGAAGUCGAAAGUGGUAAAGGCAAAGAAGGACGACAAGAAAGUGAAAGAAAAGAAAAAGGAAAAGGAAGAGAAGGAGGAGAGGAGAAAGAGAAGAAGGAUGAGGAUAGGAUGA